AUGCCCGGCGUGAAGCUGACUACCCAGGCCUACUGCAAGAUGGUGCUGCACAGCGCCAAGUACCCCCACUGCGCCGUCAACGGGCUCCUGGUGGCCAAGAAGCAGAAGCCCCACAAGGAGCAGCCCUUGCACAGCGCCCCCCACCCGCACCAGACCCUCUUCGUGGACUGCAUCCCCCUGUUCCAUGGCACCCUGGGGCUGGUCCCCAUGCUGGAGGUGGCCCUCAGCUUGAUUGAUUCAUGGUGCAAAGAUAAUAGCCAUGUGAUUGCUGGUUAUUAUCAAGCUAAUGAACGUGUAAAGGAUGCCAGUCCAAACCAGGUUGUUGAGAAGGUAGCUUCCGGAAUUGCCGAAGGCGUCAAUGACACCGCGCUCAUCAUGGUAGACAACACGAAGUUUACAAGGGAGUGCAUAGAACCCACCAUCCAUGAAAACAAAUGGCGGUGCAGAGAUCCACACUAUGAUCAUUGUGAAGAUGCCCAGAGGAUCUCGGCAUCUCUCUUGAACAGCAGGUCCUAUGACAUCCUUGUGGACAAAUCCAGAGAUCAAUAA